AUGGAGAACUCUACGGACAUCCCGCCAUUCGAAUUCAGUGACAUGAUCCAGAGAACCAUUGUCGCCUCGCUCAUCCUGAUCGCUUCAGUGGUUGGAAUCAUCGGCAACUCGCUGGUGAUCUUGGCCGUGCUGCUGUCCAAAAAGCUAAGCACGACCACCAACGCCUUCGUGGUGAACCUGAGCAUAGCGGAUCUGCUGACCUGCCUUGUCAUGCCGUGGGAUGUCGUGGCUUUGUUGGGUAAAGAUGGUUCGCCGGUUGGCGAGAGGAUCUGCAGCGUGGUGGCUGCGGUCAUCUUCACAACCGUCGGCUGCAGCAUCUGUACGCUGGCCUCCAUCGCCCUGAACCGCCUGCUGCUGAUCACACGGCCGAAGGCCACAUACCGGCGAAUCUACACGCCAAAGAAGAUUGCCGUUUGGCUGGUAGUCAUCUGGCUGGUCCCACUCCUCACCACCAACAUUCCACCGCUUCUAAACGUGGGUGCUCUGGGAUUCAACGAACCUUUCCACUUAUGUGGAUCAAUCCCCGCCCAUCCCAACCACAAGGCAUUCAAUCUGAUCAUCUCAGCAGUCUUGUACCCAAUCCCGUGUAUCGUCAUCUUAGUCAGCUACUCACUGAUCUGGAUUCACCUGCACCGUCAAGCCAAGAAGCUUCCUAAGCGACCCGUCACCUCCUCACCCAUCAGCGUGUCCGCGAUCGCAAACAACCAAGACGCUAUUCCCAUGGACCACCUCCCGGUACCAGCAGCUACCAGCAACGCUAACCGGUCUCCAGGAACUAGUCGUCAGACCGAGGUCACCAAGAAUAUGCUCUACGUCGUCGGCGCUUUUGGUAUCUGCAUCAUCCCGUACUCAAUCAACCUGUUUGUCGAUGAUAAAAGCCCAUUAAUACCCUACACCACCGUCAUAGUGCUCCUCAAUAGCUGCAUCAACCCCUUGAUCUAUGCGACCAAGCACCGUGACUUCAAGACAGUCUUCGGCUGUAUCUUACGUCGCCAGUGGGUCCUCAUCCCAAACCCGUCCAACUUCCUUAAAGCACUCACGAGGUGAUUGAAACAGUGUAGGCACGCUGGCUUACAUAAUGAAACAUAAUCUAAGAAGUCGGAGGUUUUUAAAUAAUAAAAUUACACCAUUAAUGCUGCAGAGGGCUUCUGAUUCGUUUCAUGUCGAAUCUGAACUACAUUGUACUUGCCAGUUUAGAUCACUUGAUUACACUACAGCCUCAGACUGGUAUUAUUUUGGU